AUUGAACCAUAGAGUUGUAAAAGAAUUUUAUGUAGUACAUAUUAUUAAUGCGGGCCACGGAACAUACCAGGGUAUGUUCUGGAUGUGGGCUUCGCGAAACUGUUUCUAACAGUGACAAUAAACUAAAAUUGUGAAAGCAACACACCUUAAUUAGAAAUGACGUAUAUAUUUUCUAUUUUGUUUACGUGAAUGUUUAUAUCUUAUAAAAAAUAAUAUACACAAAUUAUUUUUUAUUUAAAAUGUAGAAAUAUACGUACAAUAAUUUAUUAAUUUGUGUAAUUUUGUAUCGUAAAUAUGGUUACUUUAUUGAGUGAAAUUCACUUCUGGACAACUCAGGAAGAUAUAAUAGUUAAAAACACUGAUUAUGGCUCCUUUAGGUACUAUACAAAAAAAGAAGGAACGGAUAAUAUUUAUAGUCAAAGUAAAAAACAGUUUUGUGAACAGCGUGGUAUCAGUUGGUAUCUGCCUAAUAAAAGACCCCAAAAACUCAGAGAUAAGUUGAAAGAAUUAGAGGAGUGUAUGAUACAAAGUCGGAUUGUGUGUUUUGUUUUUGAAGGGAAUAAAAUAUUUUUUUUAUUGUCAACUGGCCUUUUAGUAACUUUGUCAACAAAUCAUUCUGGUGAUUUAACUAAUAUUGCUUUGGAUAAACAGCUGGCAUCAAAACUUCAAGCCAAUAUCAUUUGUGAUGGUAUUAUUUUUGGCAAUCAAGUCAUUUGCAUUUGUAAUGAUGGUCAUGUAUUGGGUUAUGGCGGUCAAUGGAAAGAUGGAUGGGUAUUAGAAGGAGGACCUAGACGGAUGCUAAAUUAUUAUGGAGAAUGGUUGGUAGUUUGGGGUAAGGUUGGAACAGAGCAUCCUCAGCCAUGGAGUCCAUUAGCUAAAGACCAUCAAAGAGCUAAUUUACAUUUGUAUUGGGUUGGUGUUUCUGAUCCUGAAUUGCUCUCCUAUAAAAAGACCGAUUCUGAACCAUUAGAAGUAGUUGUUAGUAAAUUCACAAACAGAACCUUAAUUUUAAUUGAACAAAAAGUAACACAAAGAGGAGCUGUUUCAGUGGAAGUGAGUAACUUUGAACUGGUGGGAAAUAAUCUAAAAAGAAUGUCGGUAAUCUCAGUACCCCUUCAAACGCAAGUCAGUUGUUCAGCUUUGAGUAAACUAGAAGACAGACUCUUGAUUUGCUGUAUUGAUGGUUCUUUGGCACUACUUGAUCGUAACAGAGGCUCAACAAGAACUAUCAAAACAAGGUUUAUUCCGACUUUACUAGCUUGGCAUCCAGACAAUGCUGUGGUAGCAGUUGGAAAUGAUAAAGGCCAGUUACAGUAUUAUGAUACUGCUUUGAAUUGCAUUAAAAGCCAAUUGUUAAAUGAAGAUUGUCUACCUAUUCCAAUUGUUAAUUUAUCUACUUACUUUAACUUGCAAUUCAGCAUAGCUUCUAUAAAUUGGGGACCAAAAAAUUUACUCAUUACUUUUGAACAAGGUCCUAUUGCCUCAUUAACAUAUAUUGCUGAAUCGUUAACUUUCAAAUCUUUGAUACAAAAUUAUCUACAAUUAGGAAAAAUUGAUAAAGCCAUUAAAUUAUUAGUUUCUUGGGAAUUUAAAGAUGACAGUUUUUUCGCUUUACAAAAAAUCACUGCGUUUUUGCUGAGACGGCCCUUGAAUGAAGAAGUUGCACAGAAUUUGCAAAACGCAUUAGGAUGCUAUCAUAAUAGUCCGAUACCCAUUCCUGCACAGAUCAGGCACCGAUUUGGAGGUCAGGUUAUAUCAUUAACAAGGCGAUUUUUUCAUCAGCUAGUCCGAGCUGAAAUGUUCGAAACCGCAUUUUUGUUAGCUGUAGAUGUCGGUCACCAUGAUUUGUUUAUGGAUCUUCAUUAUAUCGCAGUAAAAAUCGGAGAAACUGAGAUGGCGGCUGCAGCAAGAGCUCAAGCUUCAUCUCUUCUGAGCAGGUGCUCCAGCGAAGCAUCAAAUUGCUCCCGUUCAUCGUGUUCCCAAUGCUCAGAAGGCGAAGGUAGUUCUAACGAAGAUCACAGUUCUGUAGAAAAUCAAAGAGAAGAUGUACCGUUUAAAAAAACAUAUGUACCACCUUUACCCCUUUGUUCAGAUAAUUGCCUCACCACCGAUUUUAAUCAACCCGUCCCAACAACUUACAAACCGAUAAAUGAAAACCAAAUUUCGCUAAGUACGAACGACUGCUUGAAGUAUAAUUACACUCCAAGAGCUACAUACGUGAAAUCUCCACAAGUACCUAAUACAUUUAGUAAAAAUACUAGUAUUAAUAUGAUACCGCCUCCUUUACCUUUCACAGUACCUUCUUCUAAUGCAAACAAUGUCCCUUACAUGCAAAGUACUAACUUUAGUGAAAGUUUUUCUAUGAAUCCAAUCGUGAGCAACGCUUUUUCUUUAAAUGAAAAUGUUUUCAGUAAUCCGUCUGUUACAAGUACUAAAUUUACAUCUAACAUAUCAUCUAGGUCAACUGUAAACAAUAUAAAAAAGUCUUCUGUACCUGCUGGAAAAUUAGUGGCGCCACCAUUACCAAAACUGUACCCCAAUUUUAUUAGUGACGAUUUAAUAUCGUUUACUUCAUCGUCUACAUCAAAUCCUCCUAUUUCAAAUUCAAUUAAAAAAAAUCAACCAAAGGUUAAAUUUUCUGAUACUGUAACAGCUUUCAUAGUACCUGAAAUAAAACGACCCCAAAGACCACCUCCACCAUCUCACGUUACUAAUCCACAAAAAGAAUUGGCUGACAGUUUGCCAUUAUGCCAUCCUAACGAAGAUUAUUUAAAAGAUUUUGCUCCUGUUAAAAAGGAGGAUGGUGAAGAGGAAAGGGAUAAUGAACAACCUAAAAUUAAAGUGAUACAUUUUGGGGUAGUUUAAAUUAUAAAAAAAAAAUCGAAGCCGUUUGAAUUCUUCUAAUGAGUUACAGACUUACCCCUUUUAUGCAGUUACUUCGUGGGUGUGGGGGACCAAAACGUUCUGCUUGCCGUUUACGUUUGACAAGUACCUUUUACUCUAUUUUCCAUUUCUUUUACUUAAGGUCUAACAUCAAACCUUCACCAAUGGUUCAUGCCUAUCGUUUUACAUUGUUAUAUCAGCCUAGUCUGUACCAGUACUCUAUUCAAUGCAUUAGAUUGAAGUUAUUUUAGUCAAAUAGGCUCAAGUAUAGCAAUAGAAAUUAUUAUAAUACAUAUGCAGUCCGAUUUGGUUGAGAAUUUGGCACUGGUUAGCAUAAAACCACUUAUUAUUGUCACAUUUGUAUUCCACGACCAAGGAAAACUCGUAUACGAAUUUUUAGAGAAAAAUUAAGUCUUCCAAUAUACACGUUGACACAACUAAUCGUUAUACGUUAUACCGGGUGUCCGCUGGGAAGGUAUACUACUUUGUUUUGCCGCCAUUUUGGUAAACAUUAGUGUUGACAGUUCAUAUCUGGCAGUCGUGAAGUAGAGACGUGGCAAAUUUAUUAUGGAAAAAUAUUCGGUAAAUCAACUUAUAAAACAUUUUAUCCAAAUCAAUCAUCGAUUACUGUGAAGAUGAGAAAGAUUUUGGAAGAAACAACGUGCAAAGAAGACGCACUAUUUAUCGUGUAGUAAACGAUUUUGAAGAAGAAUAGCUGAUAAGCUCAAGCAUGAACCACAACGUACUCCAAGAUCGGCUGAAAACAUUACUGCUGCUCAAGAAAGUAUUCAAAACAAUCCAUCAGCCUCCAUUCGACGCCGUGCUCAGGAGCUUGGUCUUCAAAGAACAACUUUCGCCACAAUUUUGCACAUUUGACAUUUGUUUCCAUUUAACAUUCAGUUGAUACAAGAGUUUCUUUUCUUCUUUCAUGAAAAAAUCAUAAUGAGUGACGAGGCACAUUUUCAUUUGAAUGGAUAUGUAAAUAAACAGAAUAGUCGGUACUGGGCAAAGGGAAACCCUCAAAUUAUUCAUCAGUCACCUUUGCAUACAUUAAAAGUGACAGUCUAAUGUGCAAUUUGGUCAGGAGGAACCAUUGGACCUUACUUCUUUGAAACUGGAAACGGCGUACAAUAUGAUUGAUAUGAUUGAAAACUUUUCACACCACGAUUGCAUGCUUGGGUCUUGAUUAACAUGUGGUAUCAACAAGACGGUGCCAUAUCGCAUACAGCCAGGAUUACAAUGGAAUUACUGCGAGUCCUCUUUCCACAACAAGUUAUUUCAAGAAAUUAAUGAAAUACCGCGUGAAAUGUGUGGGAAUGUAAUGAAGAAUGGGCUCAAAAGGACUCGCAUUUGUGAGGUUAACAGAGGCGGACAUUUAUCUGAUAUUGUAUUCCAUACAGAAUUGCUGAAAUAAAACAUUUAUCAAUAUAAGAUCUCUUUCAUUUAAUCAAAAAUUAUUAACAAAUAAAGUAGUAUAUUUUCCCAGCGGACACCCUGUACAUAUAAGUAAUAUUUAUUUUUUGUAAUACUCAUUUUUGUAUUAAAUAUUUAUCUGUA